AUGAUUAAAUUGAUAAGUUGGGAACCGGGAAAUGCGAAUAAAUUGACCGAUGCAGAACUAGCUUAUUAUUUAGAGAAUGAUGCAGAUGACAUUGGUUCUGCAAGAGAGACUGACACCUACUAUAUUGAAUCUGAAGAUUUCGAAAAAGAAAUUCUUCAUGAGAGUGAGCUUGAUAGUGACUCAGAACAAAGCGUGGAUCAGAAUGUGGAGAAAUCUGAUGACGAAAAUAUGGUUGACUCUGACGACGAAAAUAUGGUUGAUUCUGACGACGAAAAUAUGAAUGAUCAAGACUUUUUUCUUGGAAGGGACAAACAAACUAAAUUGUAUACAAAUCCAAUUAUUCCUAAAUUUAGUAAAAUUGGGACUCAAAACAUCAUCAAAAUUUUACCUGGACUAAUACAUAUUGCAAGAUCCUCAUGA